GACGGCUGGACACGGGCCACCAUCGCUGACGGCCACGGUCAGUCGUGGUUCAUCCGCGUACCCGUUCGCGGUGUUUUUUUUCGGAACCGUCCCCCGGGGGGGGCGUUGCAAGUAACAAAGCGUCUGUUUGUGGCGUCUGUUUUCGUCCAGCUACUCAGCGUCUCAGUGUGUGUGUGUGUGCGUGUGUGUGUGUGUGUGUGUGUGUAGACAAUACCUUUCUUCAGUCGACAAUCAAACCUCAUCACUUAACUUCCUAAAGGCGAAAGAGAGAGAGAGAAAGAGAGAGAGAGAGAAAAUGAAGCACGCCAAGCGAUACCUCGUCGGUGUAUCCGCCUUGCUCGUCCUCGUGGUCGGUGGCGGUGUCGCCCUUGGCAGGGCACUGAACAAGGAUGGCGAGCUGAUGGAGGACAUGACGCCGAAGUCGCUGGAGGUGAUACUGGGCGAGAUACGCAGCCUGAUGCAGGACUACUCGAUCGAGGCAUACAUCGUGCCAUCGGUCGACGCGCACAAUAGCGAGUACAUCUCGGAGCACGACCGGCGGCUACAGUACGUGACCAACUUUACCGGUUCGGCCGGUACCGCCAUCAUCACGCUGACGGCGGCCGUCCUGUGGACCGAUUCGCGCUACCACCUGCAGGCGGAAGCGGAACUGGACGGGACCCACUGGCGGCUGAUGCGCGAAGGGCUGGCCGGGGUACCGAGCCGGGACGAGUGGCUGCUGGCGACACUGUCACCCGGUGCCCAGGUCGGCACCGAUCCGUUCCUGAUCGCCUCGACCGAGUACGAGCGGUUGGGCGGUGUGCUGGCCGGUGCCGGCCACCGGCUCAUCACGCUCGAGCGCAACCUGGUGGACAGCGUGUGGAACAACCGGCCACCGCAGACGGCCGAACCGCUGCUCCCGCUUGCCCUGCAGUACUCGGGCCAGCGGGCGAUCGACAAGGUGGUGGCGGUGCGGGACGCGCUGCACGCUUCCGGUGCCAACGGUAUCGUCAUCAGUGCGCUGGACGAGAUCGCCUGGUUGCUAAAUCUGCGCGGAUCCGACAUACGCUACAAUCCGGUCUUCUUCGCGUACGCGCUCGUCACGCACGAGCGUAUCCACCUGUUCACUGGGCCGGAACGCAUUAACGAGACGAUCCGGCAGCACCUGCGCACCGAGGGACUGGCGGCACUGGAUGUGCGCGACUACCGCGACAUCCUGGCCGGUAUCGACGAAUACGUCCGGGCCGGUCACCGGCUGCUGGUGUCGACGUCCUGCAGCCAGGCACUGUACGCGGCGAUACCGGCCGCCCAGCGGCUGCAGGAGUACAGCGUGCUGGCCAAGCUGAAGGCGGUGAAGAACGCGAUCGAGGCGGAGGGGAUGCGCCGAGCGCACGUGCGCGACGGUGCCGCUGUCGUCCGCUACCUGGCCUGGCUGGAGGCGUCGGUCGGCGGGCAACCGGCGCCGAACACGCCGAACGUGACGGAGCUGUCGGGGGCCGCGCAGCUGCACGCGUUCCGGCGCCAGCAGGACCUGUUCGUAGACCUCAGCUUCACCGCCAUCAGUGCGUUCGGGGCGAACGGGGCGAUCGUACACUACAGUCCAACGCCGGACACCGACGUACCGAUCACGCUCGACGGCAUCUACCUGAUCGACUCGGGCGGCCAGUACCUGGACGGUACGACGGACGUCACGCGCACGAUCGCACUCGGCGAACCGACCGCGUUCCAGCGCGAAUGCUUCACGCGCGUCCUCAAGGGCUUCCUCUCGCUCGCCUCGGCCGUCUUCCCCACGCGUACCUCUGGCACCGUGUUCGACGUGCUCGCCCGAAAGGCCCUGUGGGACGCCGGGCUGGACUAUGGGCACGGUACCGGGCACGGCAUCGGUUCGUUCCUCGGUGUGCACGAGUAUCCACCCUCGUUCGUGUCGAACACGGCCUCGCCCAGCAACCAGGGCGUGUUGGAGAACAUGUUCUCCUCCAACGAGCCCGGCUACUACGAGCCGGGCCAGUUCGGCAUCCGGAUCGAGGACAUUGUGCAGGUGGUGCGGGCGAACGUGACGCACGAUUUCAACGGGCGCGGCGCCCUCACCUUCUACAGCAACACGGUCGUGCCGAUUCAGCGCAAGAUGCUCGACCUAACGCUGCUCUCAGCCGCGGAGCUGGCCCAGCUGAAUGCUUACCAUCGGCGUGUCCGGGAGCAGGUCGGUCCGCUGCUGGUCGCCCAGAACGAUCCCGCUGCGUACAGCUGGUUAAUUGCAGCGACCGAGGAAAUCACCAUCCCGGCAUCCGGCAAUCCGGUAACAGGAGUUCAGGAGGUCAAGGCAGGUGGCAUCGUGUGAGACGCGAACGGUAUGCCCGAUGGAGCGGCCAUGUAUUAGCUCCGGUGCACUGGUAAAGUAGGCGCGCAUGCGGCAUCCGGAACAGCGUGACGAAACCUUCCCUUCACUAUGUCCAGACGGUAU